CAGUUUUUAUUGUCCUGCAAAAUGUAAGACAGUUACCACUGUCUCACAGGUUUGCGAGAUCAGUCUAACUAUCUUUUCUUCGCUUAAUUUGCGUUAAGAAUGUUCUUUAACCGCUUUUAACACAUACUCUUUUGUACGUUAUAGUUAACUUACCGCCCACGACAUUUUCACUUAGGGAGGUGAGCGGUCAGAGCGGCGUUGCCUAUGCUUCUUCUGACGAGAUGCCCAUUAUAAAUGAGGCCUCUCAGUUUGAUAUAAAUUGGGUCGAAGGACAUCCCUGAGCUUGUGCAAAAGGGGAGUCGUACACUGCGACGACUGAUCAUGGAUGCACCGCUCACAAGGGAUCAAUAAUCAACUCAACCACUGAGGAAGCCCAAUUAUAUGUUUGGUGACUCUGUUGAGGAUCUCAACAUUCUUGCUUGUGGCUCAGAACAUUGGUUAAAUGAGUACGAUAGGGCCUUCAGAUUUCUUUCUCCGAUUCCUCGCCAUUAUUCCCUGGUUCAACUGUGAAGAUUGGUAGUGACCAGGGAGAUGUCUUGGCGUUUGCUGAGGACCAGGGGCGAGUACAUUGUGGAUUCAUCAGUAAGAGUAAAACUCUAGGUUCCAGUGAUCGAGCUUAUAUCCGUUGACUUCAUCCUGGUGUGUUGGGUCAGGAUAACGUGCCACAAAAUGAGUUGAUGAUAAGGGUGAAUACCAUGAAGAAUCGCCUCGCUCGGUUGGGUAGGGAGCUGCCCAUUAAGAAGUAUAGGUGUUAUGGUUGGGUCCACUCUUCUGCUGAUAAGUGGUGGAUCAGGAUGACAAAUUAUGUACUCGGGCGUUGGGGCAAGGAGCUGAAUGAGAAAGGAUUGUAUGUGCCCAUCCGAGCCAGUAUGUACGGCCUCCCCAUAAGUGUGAAUCAUUUCUUCGCACUGUUCGAGAUAUAUAAUCCGGAUACGAAUACCUUUCUUACCAAGAAUGGAGAGUUAGGACUUCGAUGAUGAAUGUAUCUGGAUUAUCAAUGGGGGAUGUGCCAUAUCAAGAAUUCUUCUCUACUACCCGCCAGCUAAACCAGAUGAAAGAGAUGGGCUCGGCUACAUAUGACAUCCUAUGGGAAUUGACUUGCACUACCAGAUUGCCGUGGCGGAUGUUGAUGUGAAGGUGAAGAAACUCCCCCAAGUUAGCUUAAAACAAUUCGCUGAAUACCUCUUCAAGAGUCUUGAGGAUUCUUCGGGCAACAAAGUCUGCGAGUUGUCCCCUUUGACCCCAUCUGAUAUUAACAAGCUGAUAGCGAAGAUUCGGGCACAAUCUUAUACCACUCCCUCAACAAAAGGCAAAUUUCGAGGGGUACAAAGUUUGAGACCUUAUGGUAUGCUCAGAGGAGGAUAAAACCAACAAUCCUUUUGGCGGGAUAUUUAGCUAUAUGAUUAAAGAAGUGCGUGGUGCCGCACCAAGUCUCCGAAGCACUGCCUAUCGAAGUCUUGUUCUCGACCGUCCAAUUAGCGAUUGGACGCAAGCUUUCUUUACUUCCCGCGAUGAUUGAUGACAUCCACAGCGGGUUGUGGUACUUGGCCACCAGUUUUACGCAAGGAGGAAGCAAGCCUUCAAGUGAUAUCCCCAACUCCAAAAUAGAGCUGCCAUAUAUUUAUUUGAUGACGUGGCUUGUCGUCCACCGUUAUAACCUAAUAACGGCGCUCGAAAUUACAGAUCCAGACAUCCUCCUACUACAAAUUUUAGAGGAGUGUAAAUAGGAGGCGAGGCAAUGACAUGAGGUGACUAGGCAGUUUAGGGUUCACAAGUGUUGGGAAUAUUUCAAAUGCUUUCCUCAAUUCUCCGACAAUUAUAAUGAGCUGUUUGUUGAUAAGGAAGAGCCAGGGAAGAACAUGACUAUUUUGGAUGUGGGCUGCUUUCGUUGGUUGAUGAACAUCUGCCCCGGCUAUCUGGUUUUCCGGGUGAAGAACACGUGUAGCAUUGAGCCCUACUUCCCUUGUCGGUUUGCUCGUCAGUUUGGUUACGACCAACUGUAUGUUGGGAACCCAAACAAGAGAUUGAAGAUUCAUGGAGGUCUUAUUGAUGGCCCUCGUGCAUGGUUCUAUAGCAUUUCUGGUUGCAUGAACGCCAAAUUCAACCUUCCGGUUGCAGAGCCUCAGUUGCAGACAACGUUCUUAUGUUGCAAAUAGCUCAUAGUUGCCAACGCGCUCACGAAGAAGAAGAAAAUUUCGGAGCUAGAGGCGGAAACAACAUCAAGACUUCCUACUGAAGCAGUUCGAGAAGCUAUAUCUUCUAGGAAAGGGAAGAAACCUAUUGAAUUCUCCGGCAAAGGGAAACAAGUUGUUGAUUCUAAUGAAAGCGAGGAGGAACUCUGCACGGAUGUGGCUUGGACAUCCGAGGAAGAAGGUGAAGCUGGGAGUGAAGGCAUUGAAGCAGGGGAUGACGAAGGGGAAGAUGCAUCAGGUCUCCCACCUUCUUUCUUCUCAGGAGGGGGUGUUAGCUCGUCUAUCGCCUAUAGGGCUUGUCGUUCAGACCAGUCCAAAUCUCUAGAACAACCACUAUCUCCUUCUCGUUCUAAAGGGUAGGAUUUUGCAAAGAAGCCCUCUCUCAAAGAGAGAGUUCUCAGAUCUCCUCACCGGAUGGCGGUGGAAGUUCAGAGUGGAGAGGAAGAAGAAGAGACAGAACCUGUUGAAACUAGGCUCAUUGGAAAGUACUGUCGCUUCUGAAGGACUUCGGCCCAUGAAGAGAGUCAAGAAAGUUGUACAUAGGUCAUGCACUACACUGCCCACAUCUUAAGAAGCGCUGAUAUGAGAUAUCAUGUCUGAGAAAGGGGAGGAUCAUGAAGAAGGUGAAAUCCCGCACGAACCCACUUCUCCUGAGUUCACUCUUCCUGAGGGGCUAAGCUUCACCCAACAAAUGCAUGUUGCAAUUAGUGAAGAGCCCUCGGACACUGAAGGUGUUGUAGAUACCGAGGUCCAAUUCGAUCCCACUGCUGACGCCACCUUAAAGUUUUCCAGCCCAGAGAAGCUGAAGGAAGUGGGUACAAGUGUUGGAGUUGCGGAAUCUGCUAAAGACGUUGCUAUGGAAGAGUCAGCUAAAGAGGAGGCUGCUCAUGGUGCUGCUGUUAGAGAUCUUCCUGAGCAUGACUUCAAACAGAUGAUAACUUUCUCCGAAUUUGACCAUAACUUGAUAUCUCAAUAACUGCCAGAAUCGGGCCAGGGUCAAGCUACAGGACCAACCGCGGAAGCUGGUUCAUCUGUAGGACCAGUCAUUGGUGUUGAUACCGCUACUAUCUCGGGUUUGGAAUCGGAAAUUGUUGAAGUUCAGCUACGUACUUCCAAACCUGGGACGGAUAUCCUUCAGGCCUCAUCGGAAACACCUCCGGUCCA